AUGAUCGGAGGUGCAGCGGGCGCUCUUCAUUUGCGAGCGCCCAUCACCACGCCCCAUUCUCCCGCUUUCCAUCACCCCACCCCAUUCUCCCUCUUUCCAUCACCCCCCCCAUUCUCCUGCUUUCCAUCACCCCGCCCGAUUCUCACACUUUCCAUCACCCCGCCCCAUUCUCCCUCUUCCCAUCACCCUGCCCUAUUCACCCUCUUUCCAUCACCCUGCCCCAUUCUCCCUUUUUCCAUCACCCCGCCCCAUUCUCCCGCUUUCCAUCACCCCGCCCCAUUCUCCCGCUUUCCAUCACCCCGCCCCAUUCUCCAUCUUUCCAUCACCCCGCCCCAUUCUCCCUCUUUCCAUAACCCCACCCCAUUCUCCCGCUUUCCAUCACCCCGCCCCAUUCUCCCGCUUUCCAUCACCCCGCCCCAUUCUCCCUCUUUCCAUCACCCUGACCCAUUCUUCCUCUUUCCAAAACCCCACCCCAUUCUCCCGCUUUCCAUCACCCCGCCCCAUUCUCCGGCUUUCCAUCACCCUGCCGCAUUCUCCCUCUUUCCAUCACCCCGCCCCAUUCUCCCUCUUUCCAUUACCCCGCCCCAUUCUCCCUCUUUCCUUCACCCCGCCCCAUUCUUCCGCUUUCCAUCACCCCGCCCCAUUCUCCCGCUUUCCACCACCCCGCCCCAUUCUCCUGCUUUCCAUCACCCCGCCCCAUUCUCCCGCUUUCCAUCACCCCGCCCCAUUCUCACGCUUUCCAUCACCCGCCCCAUUCUCCCGCUUUCCAUCACCCCGGCCCAUUCUCCCGCUUUCCAUCACCUGCCCCAUUCUCCCGCUUUCCAUCACCCCGGCCCAUUCUCCCGCUUUCCAUCACCCCGCCCCAUUCUCCCGCUUUCCAUCAACCCGCCCCAUUCUCCUACUUUCCAUCACCCCGCCCCAUUCUCCCGCUUUCCAUCACCCUGCCCCAUUCUCCCUCUUUCCAUCACCCCGCCCCAUUCUCCCGCUUUCCAUCACCUCGCCCCAUUCUCCCGCUAUACAUCACCCCGCCCCAUUCUCCCGCUUUCCAGCACCCCGCCCCAUUCUCCCGCUUUCUAUCACCCUGCCCCAUCCUCCCGAUUUCCAGCACCCCGCCCCAUUCUCCCGCUUUCCAUCACCCCGCCUGACUCUCCCGCUUUCCAUCACCCCGCCUCAUUCUCCCUCUUUCCAUCACCCCGCCCCAUUCUCCCGCUUUCAAUCACCCGCCCCAUUCUCCCGCUUUCCAUCACCCCGCCCCAUUCUCCCGCUUUCCAUCACCCCGCCCCAUUCUCCCUCUUUCCAUCACCCCGCCCCAUUCUCCCGCUUUCCAUCACCACGCCCCAUUCUCCCGCUUUCAAUCACCCCGCCCCAUUCUCCCGCAUUCCAUCACCCCGCUCCAUUCUCCCUCUUUCCAUCACCCCGCCCCAUUCUCCCUCUUUCCAUCACCCCGCCCCAUUCUCCCGCUUUCUAUCACCCCGCCCCAUUCUCCCUCUUUCCAUCACCCCGCCCCAUUUUCCCGCUUUCCAUCACCCCGCCCCAUUCUCCCGCUUUCCAUCACCCCGCCCCAUUCUCCUGCGUUCCAUCACCCCGCCCCAUUUUCCCCCUUUCCAGCACCCGCCCCAUUCUCCUGCUUUCCAUGACCCCGCCCUAUUCUCCCGCUUUCCAUCACCCCGCCCUGUUCUCCCGCUUUCCAUCACCCCGCCCCAUUCUCCCUCUUUCCAUCACCCCGCCCCAUUCUCCCUCUUUCCAUCACCCAGCCCCAUUCUGAUUCUUUCCAUAAACCCGCCCCAUUCUCUCGCUUUCCAUCACUCCGCCCCAUUCUCCCGCUUUCCAUCACCCCGCCACAUUCUCCCGCUUUCCAGCACCCCGCCACAUUCUCCCACUUUCCAUCACCCCGCCCCAUUCUCGCUUUCCAUCACCCCACCCCAUUCUCAAGCUUUCCAUCACCCCACCCCAUUCUCCCGUUUUCCAUCACCCCGCCCCAUUCUCCUGCUUUCCAUCACCCCGCCCCAUUCUCCCGCAUUCCAUCAUCCCGCUCUAUUCUCCCGCACCCUGACCCAUUCUUCCUCUUUCCAAAACCCCGCCCCAUUCUCCGGCUUUCCAUCACCCUGCCGCAUUCUCCCUCUUUCCAUCACCCCGCCCCAUUCUCCCUCUUUCCAUUACCCCGCCCCAUUCUCCCUCUUUCCUUCACCCCGCCCCAUUCUCCCGCUUUCCAUCACCCCACCCCAUUCUCCCGCUUUCCACCACCCCGCCCCAUUCUCCUGCUUUCCAUCACCCGCCCCAUUCUCCCGCUUUCCAUCACCCCGCCCCAUUCUCCCGCUUUCCAUCACCCGCCCCAUUCUCCCGCUUUCCAUCACCCCGGCCCAUUCUCCCGCUUUCCAUCACCUGCCCCAUUCUCCCGCUUUCCAUCACCCCGGCCCAUUCUCCCGCUUUCCAUCACCCCGCCCCAUUCUCCCGCUUUCCAUCACCCCGCCCCAUUCUCCUACUUUCCAUCACCCCGCCCCAUUCUCCCGCUUUCCAUCACCCUGCCCCAUUCUCCCUCUUUCCAUCACCCCGCCCCAUUCUCCCACUUUCCAUCACCUCGCCCCAUUCUCCCGCUAUACAUCACCCCGCCCCAUUCUCCCGCUUUCCAGCACCCCGCCCCAUUCUCCCGCUUUCUAUCACCCUGCCCCAUCCUCCCGAUUUCCAGCACCCCGCCCCAUUCUCCCACUUUCCAUCACCCCGCCUGACUCUCCCGCUUUCCAUCACCCCGCCUCAUUCUCCCUCUUUCCAUCACCCCGCCCCAUUCUCCCGCUUUCAAUCACCCGCCCCAUUCUCCCGCUUUCCAUCACCCCGCCCCAUUCUCCCGCUUUCCAUCACCCCGCCCCAUUCUCCCUCUUUCCAUCACCCCGCCCCAUUCUCCCGCUUUCCAUCACCACGCCCCAUUCUCCCGCUUUCAAUCACCCCGCCCCAUUCUCCCGCAUUCCAUCACCCCGCUCCAUUCGCCCUCUUUCCAUCACCCCGCCCCAUUCUCCCUCUUUCCAUCACCCCGCCUCAUUCUCCCGCUUUCUAUCACCCCGCCCCAUUCUCCCUCUUUCAAUCACCCCGCCCCAUUUUCCCGCUUUCCAUCACCCCGCCCCAUUCUCCCGCUUUCCGUCACCCCGCCCCAUUCUCCUGCGUUCCAUCACCCCGCCCCAUUUUCCCCCUUUCCAGCACCCGCCCCAUUCUCCUGCUUUCCAUGACCCCGCCCUAUUCUCCCGCUUUCCAUCGCCCCGCCCUGUUCUCCCGCUUUCCAUCACCCCGCCCCAUUCUCCCUCUUUCCAUCACCCCGCCCCAUUCUCCCUCUUUCCAUCACCCAGCCCCAUUCUGAUUCUUUCCAUAAACCCGCCCCAUUCUCUCGCUUUCCAUCACUCCGCCCCAUUCUCCCGCUUUCCAUCACCCCGCCACAUUCUCCCGCUUUCCAGCACCCCGCCACAUUCUCCCACUUUCCAUCACCCCGCCCCAUUCUCGCUUUCCAUCACCCCACCCCAUUCUCCAGCUUUCCAUCACCCCACCCCAUUCUCCCGUUUUCCAUCACCCCGCCCCAUUCUCCUGCUUUCCAUCACCCCGCCCCAUUCUCCCGCAUUCCAUCAUCCCGCUCUAUUCUCCCGGUUUCCAUCACCCCGCUCCAUUCUCCCGGUUUCCAUCACCCUGCCCCUUUCUCCCUCUUUCGAUCACCGCGCCCCAUUCUCCCUCUUUCCAUCUCCCCGCCCCAUUCUCCCUCUUUCCAUCACCCCGCCCAAUUCUCCCUCUUUCCAUCGCCCCGCCCCAUUCUCCCACUUUUCAGCACCCGGCCCCAUUCUCUCGCUUUCUAUCACCCCGCUCCAUCCUCCCGCUUUCCAUCACCCCGCCCCAUUCUCCCUCUUUCCAUCACCCCGCCCCAUUCUCUCUCUUUCCUUCACCCCACCCCAUUCUGAUUCUUUCCAUAUCCCCGCCCCAUUCUCUCGCUUUCCAUCACCCCGCCCCAUUCACCCUCUUUCCAUCACCCCGCCCCAUUCUCCCUCUUUCCAUCACCCCACCCCAAUCUCCCUCUUUCCAUAA